UUCACAGCCGGCGGCAGGACAGCACCUAGCUCUAGCACCAUGGGGUUCACUCGGUUUGUGGAGAUCGGGCGCGUGGUCCUUGUCAACUACGGCCCGGAUGAGGGCAAGCUGGCCGUCAUCCUCGACGUUGCCGACAACAACAAGGCUCUCAUCGAGGGUCCCGACACCGGCGUCCCCCGGCAACUGAUCCCCUUCAAGCGGUUGGCGCUGACCGACUUCAAGCUGCCCAUCCAGCGCAACGCACGCAUUGGCACCAUCAAGGCCGCCGCCAAGGAGGCGGACUUGUACGCCAAGUGGGAAGCAUCUUCGUGGGCAAAGAAGAAGGCCAAGAAGGUCAAGCGCGCGCAAAUGACCGACUUUGACCGCUUCAAGGUGAUGGUCGCUCGCAAGCAGAAGAGCGCGAUCAUCGCUAAGAAGGUAGCGGAGCUCCAGGCGGCCGCUUGAAGCAAGCAUCGGACUUCCUACUCCCCAAGUGUCGAAAGAGUAUAAAGCAACAGCGGAGUUUUUGCCGUUGCUGCUGUUUUGCGCGCGGACGGAGGAACCAAGCAAACGUUUGUUGAGAAGAGAAGACGAGGAGAAAUUCGCGGGCGGGUGGGGCGGGACCUUUUUUUGGGAAAGUCUCAAGCUGUAGAUGAAGGUGCAAGAAGCCGAAGCUCUGGCGCCGUUGCCAUGCCGCUUCCGCUGGAGCUGAGGGUUUUCUGGUACCUUUGACGGUGCUUGUGCGGGUAGCACGUAGUAGGCAGCUCUCGCGUACGCGAUUUGACGCCACUUGCUGCUUUUCGGUGUCGGCAUGACCGGGUUCCCUAGGGUACCGCACAGCCCGUUUCGGUUCGUGUUGACGGCCGAUUCCUCUUGGCGCGUUUUCUUUUUGGUGUUCUCAUGGUGUGUGCUGCGCUGCUUUCUUCGCCCAUUGCCACGGCUACAUAAAAAGAGUA